AGUACAUAUAAGCCGACGCGGCCGGGCUCAUAACAAGUUGCCCGUCGGCCCACAGAGGGGACACACGUAUUGCGCCCAGUGCCACCUUACAGUGGAACGUGCCAGACUUUGAGUGGCAAUUGGUGCAAUCAUCUCGUUGAGCGUAAACAAACGAGACAAUGAGAUUCGGGUCAACGGCGUUAUGCCUGGCCCUGCUGGUGGCUGCGGCGUACCCGGCCGCGGUGCCCACACAGGAGACCAUGGUCGUGGCCAGGUCGGAUGAUGCACAGACCACAAACGCGGAAUCUUCAAGCCCGGCCCCAACAACGGAGGCCACAACAGAAGCGAGCGUGCCCAUCAAGCUGACGAAGAUGCACGUGACGUCAGAGAUCGCGCUGCGGUACGCUCGCACGGCGGUCGUGACGUACAUCCGCAACCCCGCCAAGCGCGCGCAGGAGGCCACGUUCAGGGUGCUUCUGCCUGAGACCGCGUUUAUCAGUGGAUUCGUCAUGACCCUCGACGGUAAACAAUACAAAGCGUACGUUAAAGAAAAGGAAGAGGCGAAACAAAUCUACAAUGACGCUGUAUCCCAAGGUUUCGGAGCCGCACACGUCGCCGCAAAAGCGCGCGAUUCCAACCACUUCACCGUCUCCGUGAACGUGGAGCCCAACUCGGCGGCCAUCUUUAAUCUGACGUACGAGGAGCUGCUCGUCCGUCGCAAUGGCGUGUACAACCACGCCAUCAACUUGCACCCCGGCGCGCUCGUGCCAGACAUGAAGGUGACCGUACACAUCAAGGAGAGCCAGAAGCUCAGUCAGCUGAGGGUGCCGGAGGUCAGGACGGGUAAUGAAGUGGACGCAACGGAUGAGGAUGCCCAAAACUCUCUGGCAGUCAUCGAGAAGGGUAACAAGGACAAAGAGGCAACUAUCACUUUCACUCCCGACGUCAACGAACAGAAGAGGCUUAUGGAGAUAUACGCUGCCAAGACCAAGGAAUCUCAAGCUCACCAGACUCGCUGGUACGGUGAUGAAGAGGAGAACGACAAGGAGGGAAUGCUCGGACAGUUCAUAGUGCAGUACGACGUCGAUAGAUCCAAGAGCGGGGAAGUUCUGGUGAACGACGGCUACUUCGUCCACUUCCUGGCGCCGACGUCGCUGCCGCCGCUCCGCAAGCACGUGGUGUUCGUGCUGGACACGUCCGGCUCCAUGAUGGGCCGCAAGGUGGACCAGCUGCGCGACGCCAUGAAGACCAUCCUCGGCAAGCUCAACCCCGGCGACUACUUCAACAUCGUCGAGUUUGACUCGUCUGUCGAGGUUCACGAUCUGAAAGAAGCUGAUGAGCCAGAGAAAAAGCCAACAUUCUCGUACUACGAUUCACCGCAAAAGCCGCUCAAACUACUGGCGCCCUCUCUCGCGACGCCAGAGAACAUUGAGAAGGCACAGAUCAUUGUAUCCCGAUUGCAGGCGUCUGGAGGUACCAACAUCUACAGCGCUCUAGAUGUGGCUUUAGACCUAAUUCGCUUCGGUAAGGAGGGACCACCGAAGACCGUCACCCCGUCUCCGGACCAGCCGCACGCGGAACCCGAAGUCCAAACUACCGUCGAACCUGCAACUGAGACCGUGGUCCUUCAAGAAUCCGCUCCCAAAGUCGCCGAGGAAACCAGCGUGGCUGUUGAUGAGCCCGUUGACGAGACAGCUGAACAACUGGAGCCGAUCGUGAUAUUCCUGACUGACGGCGACCCGACGGUGGGCGUGACGGACACGACGCGCAUCAUCUCGCACCUCUCAGAGAAGAACUCCGGCAGACGACGCGCCGCCAUAUUCUCCCUCGCUUUCGGCGAGGACGCGGACCGCAAGUUCCUCCGCAAGCUGUCGCUCCGCAACGAGGGCUUCAUGCGGCACAUCUACGAGGCGGCGGACGCGGCGCUGCAGCUGCGCGACUUCUACCGACAGGUCUCCUCGCCGCUGCUCGCUGACGUCAAGUUCAUAUACCCCGCUGAACAGAUCAAGGAGGGUUCCCUGACAAAGCACAAGUUCCGCACCGUGUACGACGGGUCGGAGGCGGUGGUGGCCGGCCGCGUGGCUGACGGUGUGAUCGACUUCACGCCCGAGGUGUCCGGCUUCUGCGGCGUCGACGACGGCUUCGCUAGGAAAAAGUACCAGCUGCCCGCCAAAGUUCCCGUAUCUAAAGUGAAAUCCGAGUACUUACCGCUUGAGAGGCUGUGGGCCUACCUCACCGUCAAACAGCUGUUGGACGAGAAGGACGCGUCCGACGCCGACCAGAAGACUGAGAAUAGUCCCGAGAACAAGGCGCUGAAAAUCGCUUUACAGUAUGAGUUCGUGACGUCACUGACAUCGCUCGUAGUGGUCAAACCCAACGCCACCAAGGCCGUAGACGCAGAGUCCGUUGACGACAACGCCUCACCAUACAAUAGGCCAGCGUGGUCAGCCGGCUACAUCCAGCCGCUGUCGGGCGGCGGAGGGUCAGUUGCCGCCUUCGGCCUGUCCGGUGUGCCGGCGCCGCAGUAUUCCUUCGCCAGUCAGUCUUACGGCGGGCCUCUUCAGGUGCAAGAUUCGGCCCCGGCAAUGUUCGAGUCUGAAGAUGUGGCGGAUUCAGUACCCAAACGCGCGUACGCGCAUCAUGGAUACGGUAGCGGCUCUGGCAGUUCUUUGCUUACAUACCAUACGAGUUCUCUUCAUAGUAAUUUUAGAAAUGACGUCGUCGCCUAUCCAAGUGUGUUCCGUGCACCGUUUGUUCCGAACAGUUCACAUUACGACAGUUUCAUUGCACCAUCGUCUACACCAGCGCUGCCGACAACUCAGUUGGCAACAACGGAGCGGCCGAACAGGCUGGCAGAGUAUCAUCUAGAAGAGUGCAGCUGGGCCGAAGAGUUCCUCAACUCGACGCUCGACGCUCUACUGUUGAACGUCAACGGCACACAAGUUACUCUUAAACUGAGCAAGGACGAUGCUCCCAAGCGGCCGGAGGGUGACGCGUCGUGCGGGCGCGCGACGGACGGCGCUGCGGGCGCUUGCGUGUACGUGACGCGGUGCGCCGCCGCGCGCGACAUCGCCGCGGCACAAUAUCAGGACUUGUACUGUACUGUUAAUGAAGGUUUCGCCGGCAUUUGCUGUCCCACCGACAAGAUAGACGUGAUAAGCAAAACAAAUUGAAAAGAAUUACUUAGUUAUUUGUAAAAUAGUGUAGGCAUAAGAACAAAUUAAAAAUGGACAUUUGUUUAAAUUUUAACAUAGACAUUAAUCGUUGUGUAAAAGUGUUUUGUAUGAAUUACAUGUCUGUGUUGUUAAUAAAAAUGUAAAAUAUA